UACAAAACUAGUUGAUAAAAAUGGCUCAUUUACAUAUGAAGUACUUCAAAGGUCUUCUUCCUUGUUGUUCCCCAUCAGAGAACUGUCUUUUUCAACCCAUCUGCACAUGAAUCCACAGAAGCUAUUCUUUCUCUUGGCCAAACACCCAUCAAACCGCCGUGUAGCCCAACAAGUCCACUCUCACAUUCUCACAUCAGGCUUAAUACUUCAACGACACGCGAUCCUCUUCAACGCUUUACUCCGCUGCUAUUCCCAUGGCGACUUUCCUCACCAAGCUUUCUCUCUCUACAAACAUUUCCUUUAUUCUCCUCCUCCCUUUGACAGCUUCACCUACUCUUUUCUUCUUCACGCGUGUUCCAACUUGGAAUCUGUUAUCCCGGGUUAUCAACUCCAUGCUAUUUCUUUCAAAGUGGGUUUCCAUUUCCAUGUCUACGUUCAGACUGCUUUGGCAAAUAUGUACGUUUCAUGCGGGCUCUUACGUGAAGCCCACCAGGUGUUCGAUGAAAUGCCUGAGAGGAAUUUUGUGACUUGGAAUGUGAUGAUCACGGGUUUGGCGAAAUGGGGCAAGUUUGAAUCCGCUAUUUCGCUGUUUGAUCGAAUGCCGACACGGACUGUUGUGUCAUGGACUGCGAUUAUCGAUGCAUACACGAGAAUGAAUCAGCAUGAGGAAGCAGUGGCUGUGUUUAGAAGAAUGGCUUCCCAUGAUGGUAUUCAACCUACUGAAAUAACAUUCCUGGCAAUAAUCCCGGCUGCUUCAAAUCUCGGGGCUCUUGAUGUUUGUCAAUCCAUUCAUGCUUACGUUGAGAAGAGAGGAUUUAGAGCGUCCGAUAUACGCAUAACAAAUUCUCUCCUGGAUUCAUAUUCCAAAUGCGGGUGCAUAGCAAGUGCAUACAGAUUCUUCGAGGAGAUAUCCUUGGAACGGAAAAAUUUGAUCUCGUGGUCCUCUAUCAUAUCCGGGUUUGCAAUGCAUGGAAUGGGAAAAGAAGCAGUUGAGAAUUUUGAGAAGAUGGAGGAAAGUGGGUUGAAGCCAAAUCGAGUGACGCUCCUAAGCGUUUUAAACGGUUGCAGUCACGGAGGGUUGGUUGAGGAGGGGCUCAAGUUCUUUGAGAAGAUGGUCAAUGAGUAUGAAAUCGCACCAGAUAUCAAGCAUUAUGGGUGUUUAAUUGACAUGCUAGGGAGGACAGGGAGAUUAGAAGAAGCGGAAAAGAUAGCUUCGGGGAUUCCUAGUGAGAUUGCUAAUGUUGUGAUUUGGAGGACACUCUUAGGGGCUUGUAGCUUUCAUGACAAUGUUGAGAUGGGUGAGAGAGUGACAAGGAAAAUAUUGGAUAUGGAAAGAGGGUAUGGAGGGGACUACGUGCUUAUGUCCAACAUCUUUGCUAGUGUUGGAAGGUACGAUGAUUCUGAGAAGGUGAGGAGAUUGUUAGAUGAGAGAAAAGCCUUCAAACUUCCAGGGCAUAGUUUUGUAUAAUGGAUAUAACAGGUCGUUAUUCGAGUUCCUCCUCAAAACCCAAUAGAUUGAGGCCUGGUAUUAUUAGGGAGACACCACAUGCAAAACUGACUUAACACACUUCGUAAGUUCUACUUGACCCAAACGGUUAACCUAUUGGGUCUAGGGUUCUUUUAUGUAUAUAAACCACUUACAACACUAACUGUGGGAACACUAACCGAGUGUGAUCGCUUGGCUCAUACGAACCAUCGGCUCUGAUAUCACUUGUUGGGGAGACACUACAUACGAAAUUGGCUCAACACACUUUAUGAGUCCAACUUGACCCAAAAUGUUAAUCUAUUAGGUCUAUGGUUCUUUCGUGUAUAUAAAUCACUUUACAUUCUCAUCUAUUUUUCAUACAG